AUGAUCCUCAUUUACAAAAGAAUAGGUACUAAUUGUGUGAUACUGAUGUUGCGGACCUGCCACUUAGGAGCAAGCGCCAUGGAAACCUUGCAGUAUUCUAUCAAGAUAUGCCGACACUGGAAGAGAAUCGCUUACUCUGCAAAGCCACGGCUUGAAUUAAUCGGCCUUCACGAUGCACUCAACGGAGGCUCUUGGUACGGGACUGCCGACUCACCCAUGGAUGACGCGCCCCAUGGUGGCAUCUCCGAAGGGAAUCUUCAAUUUACCCAAUGA